AUGGUCAUAUCUGGAGAUGCUAUUGGUAUCCGAAUUACAACCUUUGAAUCCACCCCUCUGGAAACAGUGAGAAUGUCCUUCACCAAGGACAAGACAUUAAAAAGAAAAACAUCAUUCGGGUCACUGCUGAUAAGGGAUGACCUUGUUACAGUGGCAGAUGCCUUCACCCACUGGUCAUACUUUGUGGAAAACCCAAUACAAGAUUGGUCCAAAUUUACAUGGACAGUGCCGACAACUGAACAUGUCAGGGUCGGCAGCUAUGCCACGUUGUCAUGGACUCUCCCGGAACCUGGGACCAGGGAGUUCAGUGUCUGUAAAAGUGAGACAAAGACAUGCCUUCUUCACGUCACAGACCACAAUGAUGUCAGAGCUGCCAGUGACAAGUUCACAUCUAGAGUGAGAUUCAUUGGAAACGUGUCAUCAUCGGGAACUGGUUUGUUUAGAUUCGUGCUCUCUGAUGUAAGUUGGGAAGACGAAGGUCAUUACAAGUGUUACAGAGGUUCACCUGGAUCAGGGGGACCAAUCAUCCCUGACUGUGGACAGAAGCUGGUAGUGCAGGGAUGCGGUGAGCGCUACACAGGCUCCUCUGGUUCUUUCACCUCACCUAACUACCCUGGCAAUUACGGCAACUACCUGUACUGUACCUAUAUCAUUGAUGCAGGAGAGACACUGGUCACUCUCGUGUUUGAAGAUUUCAUUACGGUGGAUGGGUUUGAUGUUGUCAAGGUUUAUGACGCCUCCAACAACCUCCUUGUCCUUCUAAGUGGAGACAGACGGGGCUACAUUGUCCAGUCAGCUGUCUACUACCGGGUUGUGUUUACUACAAAUCAUUGGAAUAGGAAGGGAUUUAAGGCUGUGUGGACAGCUGUUGCAGUAGUAUAUGCUCGCCAAGGAAGUAAUGCAACCUUGUCCUGGAGACUACCCCAGCCUGCUGUCAGGGAGUUUACAGUGAGGCGUUUUUCAUCAGCUAUUCUGUUCCAUGUGACCAACUACAACAAGGUGGACAUCACUCGCACGUACAGGACAAGAGCAGAGUUUACAGGGAACAUUGACUCGUCAGGAUCUGGUGUGUUCAGUUUCCUGCUGUAUGAUGUUGUGUGGAAUUCUGACCGUGGUGUCUACAGAUGUUACAGGGGUUCACCAGGAUCUAGAGGGGAUCAGAUGUCUGACUGUGGACAGGUGCUUGAUGUCAUACGAUGUGGCGGGCGCUACACAGGCUCGUCUGGUUCUAUCUCAUCACCUAACUACCCUGGCAAUUACGGCAACUACCUGAUCUGUUCCUACGUUAUUGAUGCCGGAGAAACAUUGAUCACUCUCGUGUUUGAAGAGUUCAUUACGCAGCCAUGGUACGAUGUUGUCAAGGUCUAUGACGCCUCCAACAACCUCCUUGUCCAUCUAAGUGGAGAUAGAGGGGGCUACAUUGUCCAGUCAGCCGUCUACUACCGUGUUGUGUUUACUACGAAUCAUGGGGAUGUCAGGAGUGGAUUUAAGGCUGUAUGGACAGUGCCCACAACUGAGCAUGUCAGGGUCGGAAGCUAUGCCACGUUGUCAUGGACUCUCCCGGAGCCUGGGACCAGGGAGUUCAGUGUGUGUAACAGUGAGACAAAGACAUGCCUUUUUCACGUCACAAGCCACAAUCAUGUCAGAGCUGCCAGUGACAAGUUCACAUCUAGACUGAGAUUCAUUGGACACGUGUCAUCAUCAGGAACUGGUUUGUUUAGAUUCGUGCUCUCUGAUGUAAGUUGGGAAGACGAAGGUCAUUACAAGUGUUACAGAGGCUCACCAGGAUCAUUGGGACCAAUCAUCCCUGACUGUGGACAGAAGCUUGUAGUGCAGGGUGAUCUCCUGUCCCCAUCCAUUCCUGUUGGAUUCUCUUGGUCUCCUGUCUCCAUCAAGCCAGUUUCGUCUGUCCCUGUUGUGUCGUCUGCUCUCUGUCUCCCGACGGUCAUGUGCUCGUGA